AUCUGUAUUUACCAGUUUGGAGGCGCGUUCGCCGCUACCUGUUUUGACACCUGAAGUCACCAAAACAUGGCGGAGACGGACGAGCCGAUGGUGGUGGACGGAGUCUGUGGAGGCAGCUGUGAGUGGGAAGGCCGAUGGAACCACAUCAAAAAGUUCCUGGAGAGAUCGGGGCCAUUCACACAUCCCGACUUUGAGCCCAGCACGGAGUGCUUGCAGUUCUUGCUGGAAACCUGUAAAGUCCUGGUCAUCGGUGCUGGUGGACUGGGAUGUGAGCUGCUGAAAGACCUGGCUUUAUCGGGCUUCCGAAACAUUAACGUAGUUGACAUGGACACAAUUGAUGUUUCCAACCUGAAUCGCCAGUUCCUUUUCAGAUCAAAGGACAUCGGUCGACCCAAGGCGGACGUCGCGGCAGAUUUUAUCAACAGCCGGAUACCGGGGUGCCACGUAGUACCACAUUUUAAGAAAAUUCAAGACUUAGAUGAAACAUUCUACAGACAAUUCCACAUUAUUGUCUGUGGGCUUGACUCUAUAGUUGCCAGGAGGUGGAUGAACGGUAUGCUGCUAUCUUUGCUUGUGUAUGAAGAUGGCCAGUUGGAUCAAACGUCCCUUAUUCCACUUGUUGACGGUGGCACAGAAGGCUUUAAAGGCAACGCCAGGGUCAUUCUCCCAGGCAUGACAGCCUGCAUCGACUGUACACUUGAACUUUACCCUCCCCAGAUCAACUUCCCCAUGUGCACAAUAGCGACAAUGCCUCGUUUGCCAGAGCAUUGCAUUGAAUAUGUACGGAUACUGCAGUGGCCAAAGGAGAUGCCUUUUGGAGAUGGUAUGGCCUUGGACGGAGAUGACCCGGAGCACAUCCAGUGGGUGUUCCAGAGAUCCCUGGAGAGGGCUGCGGAGUUCAACAUAACAGGAGUCACUUACAGACUUACACAGGGUGUUGUGAAACGGAUAAUACCAGCUGUAGCGUCUACAAACGCUGUCAUCGCUGCUGCGUGUGCAACUGAGGUUUUCAAGUUAGCAACAAGCGCUUAUGUGCCUCUUACCAAUUACAUGGUGUUCAACGACGUGGACGGCUUAUACACCUACACCUUUGAGGCAGAACGGAAGGAAAACUGCUCAGCCUGCAGCCAGAUACCUCAGGACCUGCACUUUUCUCCGUCUUCCACUCUCCAGGAGGUUCUAGACUACAUGACUGAGAGUGCCUACCUGCAAAUGAAAUCACCUGCUAUAACAGCCACAGUAGAUGGAAAGAGCAAAACGUUAUAUCUACAGUCAGUUGCCUCAAUCGAACAACGGACACGGCCAAAUCUUUCCAAAACAUUGAGAGAACUGGGCCUGACGGACGGACAAGAACUGGCUGUAGCCGACGUCACCACCCCCCGAACCAUGUUGUUCCGCCUCGGCUUUACCUCAUAAAACCACUUCAAGCACUUUCACUACCAGAGCAGUUUACUGCAUGUUUAAUCAAGCUUUCGUUAGCUGUAACCAGUCCUACUGGUAAAAUGUACGUAUGGACAGAAGUGGACGUUUUGCACUGAAAAGCCAAAUGGGUAGUUCACAUCUUGUCAUGCUUUAGGGAUUAUUUACAAAUGUAAAGGUUUUUGUGUCGAUGUCUUGAUAUCUUAUGUUCAGUACGUUGUAGUUUGGUUUGGGCAAACUACACAAACUGUACUCUUUCUAAGAAUGUUUGGUUGUUUGGAUUUUACUUAUUUAUUUCAGAGUUUUUUUUUAGUCCCCUUGGCCGCCGAUGCUGUAUUGCGGAUGUUUGAACUGGAAUAAAAAAAAUGUUUUUCUGAU